AUGGCGGUGGUCUAUGCAAAACGUCCAAAUUACGCCAAUCAAGGAAGAUCUAAACUUCAGGUCUGUCGUUUGGACUGUAUUUACGACUCUGUUAUGUGUGCUGCUCCAUGUCGUCUGCUGUUCCGAUCCUCUCGCACAGGAUACCUUAGCUGCGCACGUGACUGCGGAUUGGAGCGAAGAGCAUGCUUUUACGCCUGCGCGAACGCCGAAAAGCAAGCGCAUGUCCAGACGCCCGAAUUACAAGUGGUAACACAGGCGACAAGGCCCACACCUAAGCCGACACAUGGUGGUCAUGUGGCGACACACACUGCUCAUGCGGCGAAACAAGCUGAUCAUGUGGAAGUUGACGGGCAGGAGACAGGCGAAUCAAAUGAAUCAGUCGAAGAUUAA